GUCAUUUGCCGUAAACCGACAUGUUCUAAUCAGUAUGUCGAGUUCGGUAGCACAUAUUAUUUAGUGGAGGAAUUUUCAGCGCUUUAAAUUCAUUCAGAAGAAUUACCAAAACUUUUAAAUCAGAAGGCGAAUACAAUGACGAUCUUGGCGCUCAGUAACUUUCUUAUGAAUACUUUUUAAAACGGGGUGAUUUGUUUAAAAAGGAGUAAUGAAAUAUCAUAGGCUGUUACAAUAGUUUUACCUUACUCUGCAGUAGGAUAUAAUUGCAACCAUGUAAGAUAUAGUUGUGUGUAUAUUCUCUGUGGGUAGCAACUCGGGAUUUUCGAUUUUCUACUGAUUGAGACUUUACAAAUAUGUGACUUUCUAAAUUAUGAGUGGAUCAAAGUUCAAAAUUCUGAUCUACUUAUCGGGAAGGUGAAUGCUUAACUAAUAAUCUAUGUAAACGCACGAACACUAUUAGUGGGAGUAGUGCAAUUAACUUUCAUACCUAAUGGGGAAUUUGUAAAUCUAGUCUAGUGCACACAAGCCUAUAUCUAGCUGUGUUCAUCACACUUUUCUUCAUCUCAAUAUUCUGUGUGCUUCAUAUUUUACAGGAUUGUUAAUGACAACGAUGAUGCAUAAUUCAUACAAGUCAUCAUCUCAGUUCAAAACAUCUCUUGACAACUAUCCAGAAUUACAAACAUAUCAAGCAACGCCUGAAGAAAAAUGCAAGACUAUCGUCAACUCAAUAUUCUAUUUGCUGAUUACAAUUCUGAUUGGAGUACCUUUAUGGUGGAAAACUACUACACCAUAUCACGCUUCAUUGCCUUAUAAUGAGAUUCAAAUAUUAAGCUCGCGUAAAAUUGAGAUAACUGUACCAAUCAAUGUGCUCAAUUUUCAUGCUGAACUUGAUGAUCGAAGUCUACACCAAAUCAGUGAAAUAUUUACCCGUUUUAAUUUGGAGCAGCAAGCAUUUACGAUGACAGAUGGCUCUGAUGAAAUUUUAAUGAAUUAUCAUGUAAAUACCAGACAAAUGAUGAAUCAUUUAGAAAUCCGAACAUAUACAAAGUCGCUUUCAAAUGAUAUUCUUAGCUUUUGGUUAACAUUUGAAAAAAAAUUAAGCUUAUUGAAUGCUUUCGAUAUAAAAGAUACUUCGAAGAGCUUUGAAAACGAUCAUCUUAUUGAACAAAGAAGAAACAGCAGUUCAUCUGUUUAUCAUUUUCUAUUAUUACCAAUGGUCAAUAUUGAUAAUUUAUGGUUAGAGGGGAUGAAUUUUAACAAAUCUACUACAUCAAUGAAACCAUUUUCAAUUAUUAGAAAUUUAUUACAUUUGAAUUUAAUCUACAUUUUUAUUCCACCGACAAUUAUGUCAAGUGAAAAUAGUCAACUUCCAGAGGUAUUAGCAUUACAUAUAAAAUAUUUAUUAGAUAAUGUUUUGAUACAAACCAAUCAUCUUAUGAAACUUGUACGAAAAUACGAUAAUCCUGCAAAUUUGUCUUCUGGUCAGUACAAUCAAAUCUCGAAAAUUAUAGAUAAACCAUUGUCUGUAUCUAGUAUGUACGAUGUAACUGUUACAGUGCUUACACUCGAUGAUUCUGUUUCACAAUUAGUAGAAGAAUCUAAUGAAAUAUCGGUUUGGACUAAUGAAAUGUUGAUAAAUCCUAUACCAUGGUUAAAAGCACACGUAGGAUCAGCUUUUAAAAAUUGGUCGCCUUUUGUUCAAGUCGAUUUCUAUUCACAGAGACUUUAUGGAGUUAGUGCUGAACUGUUGAAAAAAAGUCAAUUGUCAAAAACCGGAAACUAUACAUUUUAUUCUCAAGGUGAUAUAUCCAAUCUGAUUAAUUAUUUAGAAUCAUUUUUGGGACCUCCUCAAACAGCGUAUGCAGAUAAUCUCGAUGUGGCUCGUUCUAAUCCAGGUCUACAUCUUUUUUUGUUAUUAAAUACUUUUAAAAGAAAUAAUUCACACGGAGUUGACUGUCCCUUACCUUUAAGAUUUCAUAUAUCAUCAUAUUCAUCUGUAGUAAUAACCGACUAUGCACUUGUACCUCAAUGGGGUGGUCUACUUUCUAUUGAUGCUUCUGAUUGUAUGACAAGGACUGGAUCAACCAAGAUGAUUGCACAAAAAAUUAUUUAUGUGAUACGUUCAAUAUUAGGUUUUCCACAAAUCAAAGAAAUGUAUUUUGAUCGGGAUGAGGAUAAUAGUCACACCUAUCAUAUUCAGUCUAACAUGGACUUAAAUGGUCAAACAACGAAUUGGGAGGUUGACUAUGAAGUGUACUCAACAUGCACUACCUAUCAGACAACUUACAUUUUCUGUCGGUAUAAUUGGUAUUUAUGAACUACUUUAACUCAUCAGUUGCCUAGACAGAAAGCCAAUCACCUUCCUCACAAAAAACGACAUAUUGAAUUUCGCUUCGGAAUCUUGAAGCAACUCAAAAUUUUUUGGGUUCAUAGAUAAUCUGUUGAAUAUACCUUAUAAGUUCAAUCCUUACAGAAGAAUAUUCUUCAAUACAGAAAUAGAUGAGCAGUCAUCCGACUACUUAUUUCCAUGAGUCUAUGCAGACUGCAGGAACUUGUGUGAUUUCUUGGGAGGAAAGUCAUGAUCCCUACAUGAAUCUUAUAGGUAUGUUCAGUGAAUUUGUUUUUUUACUGGCCUACAUGCAGUCUCAGAGUUCAAAAGCUCGUUUUUAUCAUGUUUCGUUAUUAUACCUUUUAGUAACUUCUAUCUGUUACCGUCUUCACUUAUUAUGUUCUAUCGAGUACUGUGCACAAGUUCACUUCAUAACAUGCCUUAAAAACUUGUAAGUUUCUUAGGGCUUCAUAGCGAGUUCAAAUCUUAGUGAAUCACAUGACUAGGACAUGUCUUUUAAUUUUGUUUGUUUACAGCUUAACUUGUGGUUUCUUCGACGAACUAUUGAAUGUCUUACUGAGACUAAACGAACUAUUGAAUCAUUAAUAAACAUACUACAACGCCUUCCAAACAUGAUUAUACGAGAUGAUGUUGCUAAUGAAGUAUAUCAUUCAUGUUCGAAUUGGUCAUUAGCUCUUGAUAAUCUCAAAAAACCAGAUGAAAUAAACAAUUCAGCGUCGUCACACAACGAGAUUAUGUGCUCCUUUGGUGUUACAUUCCAAUAUGCACAUAAUGCUUUAAUUUCUUCAAAUGGCGCGUUUUUCGACCACAGCCUGCUUGGUCUUUUAUAUUUCGAGGAUGACCAAAAAUAUGGUAUUUAUACGCCGCUUUUCGUACCAAUUGGUUUCGCCUUAUUCCUGUCAACGUAUCGAACAUUUAAACUAGUAUUCCGUCACAAAAACUAAUAGGAAACAUUUUUUAUUUUAUAAUAUUUGUUCGUACCGGUAAAAAUAAAGUAUCUAUACAACU